GUAAUGCUUGUUUGCACAUGAAAUUCCUCUCCUGAUUAGAUUAAAAAGGCAAUUUUUUACAGGAGGAAAAGGCCUGAGCUUUAAUUGCAGAGCUUGCAACUAAGGGGGAGGGAGGAGGCGAGAAGAAGGAGCGUGAGCGUUUUAGCAGGGGUAGUAACGUAAGGUCUGGCACCUCCUGCGGGAGCCAGGCACAGCCUGCUUGCUUUUCAAGCUGCCGCACACAACAGCCGCCUGAAGUCAACUCAAAGUCACCCGGAGGAGCAGACAAAUCUGCGUUGCGGCAGCUCCCUCCUCUACGUCGUUUCCCUGCACCUGCUGCACGCGAGGGGCUGGCGCAGGCAGCAGCAGCAGCCGUGGCUGCCAUUGCCAGGCGUGGGACCGGGAGCGAGCGAGCAAGCAGAGCAUCCCCGUGUGGAGGCACGUAUUCCUUAGCAGCUCCCCAGGAUCCUGCUGGCAAAGAUGCGCUGUGCUGCCGCAUCUGACGCACCUCUCCCAUGAGAGCUUCUGGUAGUUCGAAGGCAAUAAAACAAGCGAGAAGCCCAUGAGAACAUCAGACAGGGAGCUGGGUAUAUAAAAGGCCUUUUGAAAGGAAUCUGUUACGAACAGAGAGCCUUUUGGGCAGAGGGGCUGUUGUUUUUGCUUCUUGGUUGCAGAGAUAAAGGGAGCCAGCAAGGAGUAUCGUAUCCCGGAGGAUUCUUCAGUGGCCUUUAUGGUAUUGUUCUUCUCUUUCCCUUUGCGCACCGUGAAGCGCUGACCUUUUUCUGUGGAAUUGGAGUCUCUGCCACUCAACACCCUGUUCCAGCUGGGAGGAAGAGGUCUUUCUCCCCCUCCAUCUGAGCAGGCACUUCUGUUUGAAUGGAAGAUAUAUCUUUUUGCUGAAACUCUUUUGUUGUGACAUUGCAUAAUAGACAGUUGUCUCGCCGCAAGAAAUAAAAGAAACGAAAGGAAAUAGAGAGACGGAAGGAAAUUGUUCCCCAAAGCAAAACUGAAGCAGGGAAGAGAACAUUAAAAUCACUUCAAGCCCUACCCAAGAUCUAGAAGACCACAAAUCUCCUAGCUCCAGAGGAAAAUACGCUAUUAUAAGAACUCCUCAGCAGUCAGUAACGAUGAGCAGUCGUGGUGUUUCAUCUGAAUGCAGCUGGUAAAGGAAAGCUUUGGAGAGACCUGGGGUCUCUGGCCUGUAUGAUGCCUGAAGACAGAAAUGCUGGAGUCCGCAGCCCAGGUGCCUUAGCAGCAGCUCCCUUCAUUCCUAAAACUACUUAUAGGAGAAUUAAGCGGUGUUUUAGUUUCCGUAAAGGUAUUUUUGGCCAGAAACUGGAAGAUACUGUCCGAUAUGAAAAGCGAUAUGGGAACCGCCUGGCCCCCAUGCUGGUGGAACAGUGCGUGGAUUUUAUCCGACAGCGAGGGCUAAAGGAAGAAGGCCUUUUUCGACUCCCUGGGCAGGCGAAUCUUGUCAAGGAGUUACAGGAUGCAUUUGACUGUGGAGAGAAGCCUUCUUUUGACAGCAAUACAGAUGUGCAUACAGUGGCAUCACUGCUUAAGCUGUACCUAAGGGAACUUCCAGAACCAGUCAUACCAUACACAAAAUACGAAGAUUUCCUUUCCUGUGCCAAAAUGCUCAGCAAGGAGGAAGAAAUGGGCCUGAGAGAACUGGUGAAGCAAGUGAAGAGCCUGCCAGCUGUCAAUUAUAAUCUGCUGAAAUAUAUCUGUAGAUUCCUUGAUGAAGUCCAGUCUUACUCAGGUGUAAACAAAAUGAGUGUGCAAAAUCUGGCUACUGUUUUUGGCCCCAACAUCCUUCGUCCCAAAGUGGAAGAUCCUCUGACUAUCAUGGAGGGUACAGUAGUAGUCCAGCAGCUAAUGUCAGUCAUGAUUAGCAAACAUGAAGAGUUGUUUCCCAAGGAUGCAGACCCUCAAAUGGGACCUGAGGUAUGCAACAACAACAAUGAAAUGCCAAAGAAAGCGAUUGUGGGGCAGCUACAGAACAAAGAGAACAACAACACCAAGGAGACAGCAGUGAGGCGCUGCUCUUGGGACAAACCUGAGUCUCCCCAAAGGGGAAGCAUGGACAACGAGUCUCCAACUGCUCUGCCAAGCAGCAAGACAAGUAGCCCCAGAAACAGCAUGCAGAAACUGGAUGUCACCAGAAGCCCGCCACUCAUGGUGAAAAAAAAUCCUGCUUUUAAUAAAGGCAGUGGCAUAGUCACCAAUGGGUCCUUCAGCAGUUCCGUGGAGGGCCCUGAGAAGAGCCAGACCUUACCAAACUGUACCCUGCAAACCAGGAGAACAUCGUCGCUGAAAGGACCGGUGACUAAGAUGGGCACACACAGUGUGCAGAACGGAGGUGUGCGGAUGGGUGUUUCUAGCACAGAUGGGCACACCAACACCAUCAACAGCCGGACACCAGGCUGGGUGCCCAAUGGCUAUGUCACACUGAGGGACAACAAGCAGAAGGAAUCGGUGAGUGAGUCAGGCCAGCACAACAGGCUUUCCACCUACGACAAUGUCCACCAGCAGUUCUCUAUGGUGAACUCUGAUGACAAACAAAGUGUGGACAGUGCCACCUGGUCAACAUCCUCUUAUGAAAUAUCCCUCCCCGAGCACUCCAACUCCUGUCGUUCAUCCACCACCACCUGCCCUGAGCAGGACUUUUAUGUGGGUAACUUUGAAGACUCUGUGCUGGAUGGACCACCACAUGAAGACCUCUCUAACCCAGGUGACUAUGAGAACAAAAGUGACAGAAGGAGUGUGGGGGGCCACAGCAGCCGAGCCACCAGCAGCAGUGAUAACAGUGAAACGUUUGUGGCCAACAGUACUAACAAUCACAGUGCUUUGCACAGCCUGGUGUCCAGCUUGAAGCAAGAGAUGGCCAAGCAAAAACUAGAGUAUGAGACAAGGAUAAAAAGCCUGGAGCAGAGAAAUCUCACCCUGGAGACGGAAAUGAUGGCCCUGCAUGAAGAGCUGGAUCAAGAGCGGAAGAAGUUCACAAUGGUAGAAAUCAAAAUGCGUAACGCUGAACGGGCCAAGGAAGAUGCAGAGAAAAGGAAUGAUAUGUUGCAGAAGGAAAUGGAGCAGUUUUUCUCCACUUUUGGAGAACUGACAGUGGAGUCUCGCAGACCAGAGAGAGGCAACACCAUCUGGAUCCAGUGAGCAUUGGAAGCAUAGACUGUGGGUCUUUGGGGAAGGGUUUGUGGGUAUUAUACUGUAUCAGGUGGCUGGUCACCUAUCUGAGGCUAGUACUCAACAUAAUGUUAUAAUCCCUUGAAGGAAGAAAUCGUACAGACAUCAACCACUCAUAUCUACAGUGUGUACUUAGCAAGUUAUAGUCUUUGAAUGCUUCAUGAGACUACUGUCAAGUGUUACAACUGGAUAUGUGUAUAUAAAUUUUAAAGAAAUCACCAAGAGAUGUAUCUCAAGAAAUAUUUUAAUGCAAGUCUUGUAUUUAAACUGGUAAAUUGAAAUGUUGUUGCAAUCAAGCUUUAUAUCAAGCUUUUUCCCUUGCACUUCACAUAAUAAGCUAUUUUUGGCAUUGUGUUACCAUCAGCUUAUUUUGUAUAUCAAAUGUUUUUUGUUUGCUUGGUUUUGUUUUUUUUUUGUCUCCCCUCUUGCUGGGGAGUGAAGAUAAACAGAUAUGUUAAGGUAUGUGUGCCGAUGCUUAGCCCUGAUUUGCGCCGCUUCUAAAAAGAUAGCAGGACAAGAAACAGCAGCACGCUAUGGGCAAAAUAAAGAGGUACUAAUUUAACAGAAUUGGCGGCCAAGGUAGAAAGUACUAGGGCACCUGUAUUGUAAAAACCAAAUGAGGAUAUCAAGUCAGCAAAACUGGGGACAAUGACAAAAGGGUAAACAGCUGCUUGUUUGGGAGCAAAUAUGUGUGGCAGAGUAAGAAGUUGGGAGAGGGGAAAGGGGAACUUAAGGGGCAGUCAGUCACUUGACCAGAGCUUUCUGGGGUAACCUAAAGAAGCCCUGUGCCUGAUCACUACAGCUCAGAGCAGGAAUAUAAACCAGUUGUUCUGACCAUAUUCGCAUCUGACUUACUUCUGUACUCUGGGUGAUAGUGAGUCCUUCUUGUAAUGCCGGUGAAGGGACACACAGAGGGAAUGAACUGGACAUCCUGAUAGUCUUGUCAGUGUGAUGGUUGCUGAAAAAAAUAACAAAAAUAAUUAUGUCCAGAGUAGAAAUCAUUGGAACAACUGUGUAACAAACAGCAAAUAAGGAAGAAAACACCAACAUGUUCACCACCCGUAUUUACAGUGUGUAUUAGCAAGUUAUCACACAGUCUGAAUGCUUCAUGAGAUUACUGUCAAGUGUUACAACAGUGAAAGUUCCCAGGCUCUCAGCAUCACCAAGGGAACACCUAGAGGGAACAGCCUGGAUGACUGUUAACAUGCAGAGUUAACAUAACAGCAUGCAGAGUGCCAAUGAAAGAGAAACAGCAAAGCUAUGCUGUAAAUUAAUAAUUUUUUGUCAUCUUUACAUAUAGUAAGUAUAACCGGUAUUUCCUACACCACGUUACGGAUUUUUUGGGUUUGUGUUUAGCAUUGGAAGCUGUAUUAUUAGAGAGGGUUGUUGGGAUGUCUUGGCUUCCCUCUAGUGUCUCUUAAAUAUAUUGCAAUUAUUUUUUAAUUCCAAUUGAGAAAGGACAAUGAAGGUAGCCUCAAAGAACAUUCUUGGUUAUAGCAUGUAUAUUAGACAAUUUUUAAUUGGAUGUGGGAAUUAUAUUGGGAGCAAACAUGAGGUUUACAUUUCAGAGAAAUAUUACCUUACAAUGGAGCAUUACGCAUGGUGUUUGUGGAUGCAUUAUUUGUGUCUGGUGAGGUUCAGAGUCCCCAAUCAGAAUGCCUCUUGUACUAAUUACUGUGGACAUGUCCAGUGCACAUCCAGUCUGUGUGUAAAUCAGUAAAAGUCACACAAGGAGAUCAAGGUAAUAGGUGGAGAAAGUCCUGCUUUCUCACUCAGAGUAAGCUAAUUUUCUCAUUUUGAUUUCCUCUAGCAGUCCCUAUGUUGUUCAAGCUCUGUUCCUCUCUUAAAAUUUAAAGGAAUAUACACAAUUCCUAAGACUAGUUCAAGGACCUGUAUAAAGGAGGACCUAAAGUUUAGUCACACAAGCAUGGCAGAAAGUGGCCAGUGCGGAAGUGGGGAAAGGUGCUGCUCCAAGAUUAUCAGCUGAUACGAUGGCAAAAAGGAAAGCUACUUGAUAAAAUCUUAUUUCUGAUACUUAUUCAAAAUGGAAGAAUAGGAAUUUCAUUUCACGUCCACAUCUGCCUCCAAUGCCCUAGGCUAUACAAUAUGCAUGGAAGAAGGGAAGGUAUUUAUAGUCCAUGUACUUAGGAUUCUGUGUUCAAUUUCGAUUAUCCUUGGUCUUCACAGGAACUGACUGGAGGCUUCCAGUGAUUUCUAUGUGCUGCAUGUUUUCCUUAUUUGUUUGAACAGGCUUCUUUGUCCGCAUCUGUUUCUGAACUCACAUUAUUUGUUCAGUGAUUGCUUUCUAAGGGUUAGUUCUUGGUUUACCCACAAGUCUACCCACAAACUACAAGAAUGCAGUUCAGGGUUGUUUUUUGCUUGUCUUCAGGUCUUUGCAUUCACCAUGCCCGAGACAGUUUAUAAGACAAACUAUUUCAGUGAAAAAUCUUCAUUUUUGGUGUAUAUAGAUCCUCCUCAUUUUUAUAUUGUUCUUUUUGAGGAUUUACAUUAAAUGCUCUUGACUGAGACUGAAUGAUGCUACUGCAGUGAUUUCUUUAGGGCAUGAUCCUUGAAAAAAAAAAAGUCAAGUCUCUUAUUUUUGCAGGGACUCUGGGAAGGUGUCUCUCCAUGUGAAUUUUAUGUAGGGCUUUGGCUGGAGUAAACCUGGCUCCUUGUGACUGAUACCAGGCUAAGAAACUAGAAUUUCUGUUUUGUUUAUGUAUCAGAGGGAUCUUGACCUGCUUUGAAAUUAAGACUUAGUCUUGGAAGAAAAUAUAAACCGUCUACAUAAUUACAGUUGUUAACACUAGCUAGCAUUUUUUAGUCUCCUGGACACAGAAGCAAAAUUCCUCAGUCAGAGUAUCUUCUAGGAAAGUCUUUGUUACUCUGGGAGCAGAGCAGCAGCUCAGGUUUUUGCCCGUUUGGCCCAGGUCAUUUUGGCUCUGAUUUGUUGGUGGGUUUAAAACCACUCUUGGUACUGCUCUGACCUUCCAGCCAUCUAUUCCUGUACCCUACUUCUUAAUGCUCUUGUUUUUGUCCCAAAACUCGUGGGAUCAUUUACCUGUUGUGCAUGCCAAUAACACAGAGUGGAGGCAUUAGCUAUUUAUUAGCAGUUCUGCGCAGAAAUGGGUGCUAGGGAGCAUUUCCGCAAAGCUAGCACACACAGCAUUGAAUCAGUCCUUCAUUUAUACAUUGUAAUUUAGCAUAAUUAACAUAUUCAUCACUUAUCGACCUUUUAAUGGCGCUCGUAAUUCCUUAUCUUGAAGCUGAUUGGUGUACAAUGUCUUCAUCUUCAAUUAAAGGUACGGUGUCUCUUAAAUUUACUGCCCAGGCUCGGUGGGUGAGGGUCUUAGAUCACAGGUGGGUACCCUAACUUCUAAAGGAGUGCUUUUCAUAUUAUAAUUAGUCAAGUUUACCUACAGGGCACAUUUUGUGAGGUAUAGCCAAGUUUCUUGGGCAAUCAGCCCACUAAAGGUUCUGGUACCUGAUUUUAGGUCCGUUUGUUCCUUCUAUACCAUUGUCGGGAUUCCCAAGAAUCAUUUACCCAAAUGAUUUACAGAGUUACAAUCAUAGAGGUUUCAACAUCAUUGUCACGCAGCUCAUUCCACGGUGGUCUGUCUCCUGGAGCUGAACCUCCACAAAGCAAGGUUAGCUUUAUGGUGGCUGAGGUCUCAGUGCUGGCUCAAUAAAAUAUCGGACAAAUUCACUGUAGCUAUGCCAUGUGGAGUAAGCUUAAACAGAUGGUUUUAUCACCAGUUUGUGUUACGGAACAAAUCAUGUUCUAAGGCCAAGCUGACAGUAUUACCCUACUAUAAGAGGACACUAAGAGAGAUUCAAGUAUGAAUUUAAAAAGGUGUAAUAAUAAAUCUGCCUUCACCUCUUUUUCACAGGUGUUUCUGUGAACUCCCAAAAUUAAUAUUCUGUUGUGGGAGUUUACCAGCCAGCCAGCUCCAAGCUGAGAAUGGCAGUUAACAGCUCAGCCUUUCCAGCAUAUUGUCACUCUGCCUCGUGCGUAGCACACAAGAGACAUUGCUUUUACAAUUAAUUAAUACACAUGGUGGAAAAGAUCCUCUCAGAGCUAAUAACAUUCUGAUCCAAUCACAGGGUAUGGUUACAUUACGUUACAUUCAGAAGCGUAAACUCGGGACACCACGGACACUUAAUUCAGGCUCUCAGAAUGCUACAGUCAAGGAACAGAGAGCAGGAGAGGAAGUCAUGCUUACGGCUGUUAAUCCCAUCUCUGGCCACAUCAUCAGAGGACUGUGGUGGGUGAUGGUGGCCUAUGUGCCUUUGCACAAGUAGACUGGAAUAGUGACAGACACUCACUGUGUCUUUUGAGCGUUAGAUUCUGAUGUUUUGCUCAGAAGAGCCUUUGUCUUCCUGCUACACAUUUGGAGUGUGCUCUGGUGCAGCAGAAUAAUUACACUUACUACACUCGUUUGCUACAUGUUUUUCUUUCAGCAUCUCAUAGAACAAGUUCCCCAAAUAUAAAAAUUAAUAAAUAAAAUGUUAUCAUAAAUGAUAUGCAAAACUGGUAUGUUAGGUUCUCAUAACAAUGAGGAGGAAAGGAGCUUGCUAAGAUUACUACUCUAAGAUCUAUAAGCAGUACUUGAUC